AUGAUAUUGUCACCUGCUGAUGAGGAAGCAAAGAAGAAGGCUAGAGGUGCUAAGUUUGGAUCUGUUGCCAAGACUGAUUCGGUAGAGGAAGACAAAAAGAAAGCAACAGAAAUAAGAUCGAGUCUUGAAGAAUCUGCAAGUCAUUGUGGUGACAUCUUUACAACUUCAUUCCAUGAAAUAGCAAAACUAAUUGAAGAAGUUGAUUCCCUAAAGACAAGGGCAGAAAAGAUUGAGGAUGAGAGUAGCAUACAGGAAGAUUUGGAGCGCAACACCUCAUUGCCUGUUGGUUCAUUAAGACCAGUUUCUUCGGGUCAGAGCACUAUGGUUGGUCUUGAUGAUUCCUUGGCAGAGAUCAGGGAUCGUCUAGUUAGCAGUUCAUCACAUCUUGAAGCUGUGUCAAUUGUCGGCAUGGGUGGCAUCGGUUGCAGAGGGAAUAUCAAACCAGCAUGCUCUAAAACGUUGGAAGAAUUAGGAGAGGAUUACUUUUUGGAUCUUGUUCAAAGAAGUCUUAUUUUGGUUCAAAAGAAAGGUUCUAAUGGAAAAAUUAAAACAUGUAGAAUUCAUGAUCUCUUACGGGACCUUUGUGUCAAAGAAGCUCGAAAGGAGAAUUUUUUCCAUGCCAUUGAAGGGGGUCAAGGGGGCACUAGUAUGCGCCAUGUAAGUAUUCAAGAUAAGAAGAAUUCUUUAUCAUCUUCAGACGAAGUGCAAUUUUACCAAAUGCAAUUUUACCUUCUUUGUGGAGGUGCGACUAAAGGGACUCUCCAGGGUGACUACAAAACGUUAUCUUCUUUAGUGGUGUGGUCUCGUUCACCACCUAUAGAAAUUUCUUUCGAUUCUAGGCCACUUAAAGACAGGAAGAGUGAAGCUGAGCUACCGUUAGGAGGCGUUCCAAGUGAGCUGGCUCUUGCUCGCCCUGAGCCAGCUUGCCUCGAGGCUAUUGGGUUUGGCUCGUCCUACGAGCUCCUCUAUUUGUAUAAUAAAGACAUUAAUUUGAGCAGUAGCAGGAGCAGCCCAGCCGAUGACGAAGAUGUAGAUGGAGAAUUUAGAAUUUUAAGCCUAGACAGAGAACGGACCUUCCUCCAUCGACAAUCGCCAACACAGCUUUCUACCAUUUCAGCUCCGUCAACCACCGUAUCCGGCCGGGAGAACGUUCGACCGUUGGCACCGAAACAUCUGGGGUCUGCAACGCUCUCAUCGGCCGCUGAUUGUCGACAACUUCCACUAAAGGAGAACCCCACACAAGCACUCACCCUGCACCCUAAAUCUACGGCCUUAAACUUCUUUGUGCUUGCUGAUUUCUUCUCUUCCAGCCGUGGUAAAGUGGGUCCAGUAAGCCACCUUUACCUUUCCCGCAUUGGAAGCAGUUUUCCCCAAAAUUGA